AUGUCCGCUUGUAGAUUUUCAGGUAUCGCGGAGUACGAGCUCGACUGCGUUUCUGCGGGCCGCUGUCACGCGCCAAUGAACGCGGAGGAGUCGGAGAGAAACGCGGUGCGCCGCAUCGAGGAGGUGGAGCGGCGGGUGUUCCGGAGCCAAGCGGAAGAGCACGAGGCAUUGCAGCGCUUCCUCUCCGGCUGGAACGCGGCCCUGGAUGCCCGUUUCGAGCGGCUCAGCACACACGGCCAAGCCGCCCUGGAGCGCUACAUCCGCGACGAGCAGAGCCGCGUGACGGCGCAGGUGCGCCGGUGCGUAGAGGAGGCGCAGCAGGCGUCCAGCGAGGUGCACAAGCACGUCCAGCAGAUGGCCAGCACCGUUCAGCAGGCCUGCUUCGCCCGCGUAGACAGCAUCGCCGACGAGGUGCGCACGGCCUCGCAGGAGGCGUCGAGGGCCACGUUUCGGUCCUUGCAGGACCAGAUCCAGGCCCUGGAGCAGCGCUUGGCCGCCCGCGCCGCGGAAGCGCAGGCCACUGCAUGGAGCGCGGGCGAGGAGGCGCGGAGCGCGGCCGAGGCCCUGAAUGCCCGCCUCGACCGCAUGGAGGGGAGUUCCGCCACGUUCAGCGGAGAGGUCGAGGCAGUCAGGGCGCGUCUUGAGCGCCUUGAGGGGGGCUCCAGCGGGCUGGCUGAGGAGCUCGAGGCGCUCGUCGCCCGGCAGCAGGAGCUCGCGGAGCACCAGGCGCAGGCCCAUGCCGAGUACAAAGAGCACGCCGACAAGAUCGUGCUCACGGCCUCUCUGCGGUUUCGCAGGCCAUUCCGGCACGAUGGCUUCUUGGACCAAUUCGUUUCCCCCCCGUUUAGGCAACGGCGGCUAUGGUAAGCGGCAUGUUAUGCGUGCCAGAACGCUCAGCGAUUUGGGCGCCGCACGCCUGGAAUCGUAUGUGCAGUGCUGGAUGUGCAUGGAAAGAGUUCGACGGGAUAUGCAGGCAGACGAGAAGACACGGGACAGCCCCUCGAGAAGGG